AUGGACCCCGAAAGGAGGAGGCAGGUCGAGAAGUCGCUGAAGCGCAAGUUGGACUCACGAUGCUCGCUUUUCGUGCUGAUCUACAUUAUGAACUAUCUCGACCGAAACAACAUUGCUGCAGCGCGUCUGGGCGGUUUGGAAGAAGACCUUGGUCUCUCUCCGACACAAUACUCGACCUGUUUGAGUAUUCUCUAUGUCGGCUACAUUUUGAUGCAAGUCCCAUCGAACAUGAUUAUCAACGUGAUACCCCGACCAUCGCUUUACAUUUCAAUGGUCAUGUUGCUCUGGGGAAUGAUUAGUACACUGAGUGGCAACGUUAAUAAUUUCAGCGGCAUGGUCGCGAUUCGCUUCUUCAUUGGAUUCGUCGAGGCAGCUUUCUUGCCGGGAGCACUGCUCAUCCUCUCCAAAUGGUACACCAGACGCGAACUCGCGCUUCGGAAUGCCAUUCUUUUCUGCGGAAACCUGAUCUCAAACGCUUUUUCGUCUCUUGUAGGCGCGGCUGUUUUGGGCAACAUGGAGGGAACUCUGGGCCAUGAAGCUUGGAGAUGGCUCUACUGGAUCGAAGGAGCAGCAACAAUGGCCAUUGCCAUCUCCGCAGCAUUCAUCCUCCCCGAUCUCCCCCACAACACGCGCGGCUUCACCGAAGAAGAACGCGCCGUCGCCGUUCUCCGAAUGACCGAAGACGUCGGCGAGGCCGACAAAGACUCGGAGGAACAAUCCCCCUUCGCAGGCCUCUUCAUGGCCGUCAAAGACGUCAAAAUCUACAUUCUAAUGAUCACAUUCACCGCCUACGUCACCGGCCUCUCCUUCAACGCCUACUUCCCCAGCUUGACCAAGACCCUCGGCUUCGGCUACAUCACCACGCUGCUCAUGAGCGCCCCACCGUGGGCCUUCGCCUGCGUCGUCAGUCUGAUCAACGCAUGGCAUUCGGAUCGCCAGCAAGAGCGCUGCUGGCACAUUGUCGGACCCAUCUGCGUUGGCAUCGUGGGGUUCGUGAUUUCAAUGGCUACAUCCAACACCGCGGCGCGAUAUGUAGCACUGUUCCUACAGGCGUCGUCAUAUGCGGGAUUCAUUGUUUUUUACUCGUGGAUCUCGUCGUCGUUUCCCCGCCCACCGGCGAAGCGCGCGGUCGCUAUUGCUAUGAUCAAUGCUUUUAGUCAACUGGGUAAUAUUGCCGGAUCCUAUGUCUGGAACAUGUCGGCGAAUGGAUACAGGAACAGCUACGGUGUUGUUACGGCCAUGUUUGGCGCUACGAUUAUUGGAUGUCUAAUCUUUAGAUUUAUCCUCAUUCGUUUGAACAAGCGAUUGGACGAGGGGGCAGAUGCGUGGGUUGUGCAUGGCGAUGUUGCCGAGCAGACUGCGGCUACCGAGGGUGUGAGCGUGGAAGAAGGCAAGAAGAUGAUGGGCGGGUUUAGGUACUUGGUGUGA